AUGCUCCCACUGAAACUCGUUCGCUCUCUCAUCUUAGGUGAAUCCAUAUCCAUCAACAACAACUCUCACUUUCUAAACCAAAAUCACCAUCACAAUCACAAUGAACAACAAGAACAACCUAAUGAAAAAACAACAAGAACCAGGUUUAAAAAAAGACAUGGUCUUUUGUUUCUCCCAACCAAAGAAAUCAUAACAAACACAUAUAGACUUGCCACCAUUGCUAGAGAUUUAGGAAUGGAUUUACACCCAACACCAUCACUUUCUCACAUCAUCUUCUCCAUCUCGUCUUCUACACCAUCAACAUCUUCUUCUUCACCUUCAACACCGUCUACAUCUACUUUUUCUCUCUCUUCAGCUUCUUGCUCUCUUCUCAAUGAUGCUGUUCCUAUUCCUUUUCCUUCUUUUGAUACAGCGCCACUGACCCAUCUUAGAUAUUUCGUCACGCUCUUCCCACGCGCCUUCAAGGUUGUUCUUUUUAACUCCGACGGGGAUUCUGACGCGGUUGGGUCAUGCGGUGGCAGUAACUGGGACUGUUCUUCUGUUUCGCUGUGUUGUCGGGUUACUGGUAAUCGGGUUGGUACGAUGGAUGGGUUUUGUCGGAUUCUUGCUGGGAAAGGUUGGACCUUUUUCAAAACGAAGCAAAAUGCUUCGGGGGAUUUGCGCGGUGGUGGUGUUGUUUAUCUUUUCAGGAAGGUGGAUGUGAACCGGGUUUGUGUGGGUCGGGUUGGAGGAGGAGGUGGUGGAGCAUGCAGAGUGAGGGAGGUUAGAUUGCCUUAUUUGGAUUUUGAAAAUGCUCCUCUCAGGAUUUUGCAGUAUAUUUUGUUGAUGACUGAUGACAUUUUCUGUUUAGCAUGA